AUCAGGUCAGCUUUAUACAUUGUCCAACGUAUACAGCUAAAAGCAAAUUUGAAUUUUGUGACAAAUUGAUAACAGCUGGAAAGCAUUUCCUAAAAUCAGCUCAACUUUACACAUUGUUCAAUGUAUACAGCUAAGCAAAGUUUUAUAAAUAGCAUACUAGAUUAGGUACAUCCACACAAUUACUCGUUGUUGUGUUAAAAUUAUUAUUCUCCAUUUCUGCAUACUUCAGUCAUUCUUUUCUUACUUCAAAAAUGAAUUUCGAUGUUGGAGGUCCAUCAUACUUAUCAUCAUCUUCAUCUUCGGAUGAUGAUAAUUUUCUGUCCAAUAUCAUUGCAGAGAUUGAUGAAACCGAAGAAGUAAUUUGUGAGUACAUCAACAACAACAUGAUCCUCGUUAACAAUUUACGUCAACACAACUACCAACCGAUCCAUGGUGGCUCGAUUCCCGGUCAUGCAGUGAUCAACCGCGAUCGAGAAAAUGCGCAUCAGAAUUUGGUCAUAGAUUACUUUGCCGAUAAUCCACGUUUUGGAGAAGAUAUGUUUCGUCGUCGAUAUCGGAUGUCAAGAAGUUUGUUCCUUCGUAUUGUUGAUGCAGUGAAAGAUCAUGACUAUUACUUCCAACAACGAAGUGAUGGACUUGGUAGAAUGGGAUUAUCACCGUUACAGAAAGUAACAGCUGUUUUUCGCAUGUUGGCAUACGGUCUACCAGCUGAUGCUACGGACGAAUACGUUAAAAUAGGUGAGUCAACAGCAAUUGAAAGUAUGACAAAAUUUUGUCGUGCUAUGGUGGAAAUAUUCGCAGAGCGGUAUCUACGAACACCUAACGCUAACGAUAUUGCUAGGCUACUCUAUAUUAGUAAAAAACAUGGUUUUCCAGGAAUGUUAGGAAGUCUUGAUUGUAUGCAUUGGAAAUGGAAAAAUUGUCCAACAGCAUGGUCUGGGCAAUACACAGGACGUAGUGGGUCACCAACUAUUAUCCUCGAAGCUGUGGCAGAUUAUGAUCUUUGGAUAUGGCACGCAUAUUUUGGUAUGCCAGGCACCAAUAAUGAUAUCAAUGUGCUGGAGUCAUCUAAUCUUUUCUCUAACCUAGCUCAAGGUAUUGCUCCUCCCGCUCACUAUGUUAUUCAAGGAAAAGAGUAUAAUAUGGGUUAUUAUUUAGCUGAUGGUAUAUAUCCGAAAUGGGCUACUAUUGUACAAACAAUCCAACAGCCACAAGGUAGGAAGAAAAAAUAUUUUGCCAUGAAACAGGAAGCAUGUAGAAAAGAUGUAGAACGUGCGUUCGGAGUUCUCCAAUCACGAUUUGCAAUCGUGGCAGGAUCAGCACGUUUUUGGAAAAAACAUGUAUUACAUGACAUAAUGACUGCAUGCAUUAUUAUGCACAAUAUGAUAAUCGAGGAUGAACGUGAUCUUUAUGCACCAAUUCAAGAAGUGAGGGAAGCACCAACACCAGAAGUUGAUAUGGUAGCAGAUGAAACUACAAGAUUUACUCAAUUUAUUACACGUUACGGAAAAAUCAAGGAUAAAGAUGCUCAUAUUGCGCUUCGUAAUGCAUUGAUAGAUCAUCUAUGGGAGGAAUACACUAAUUCAGAUAGUUAAGUGCAUACUAAAUUUGUAAUUUUUACAUUGUUGUUAAUGUUUAAUUAUUUCCUUGUAUUUUAUUUCCUGUUGUGUUCUUGAAUGUAAUAUUUUGGCAAUAUCAAUAAUAAAAAUAUAAUAUUUUAGCAAUCAAGUUAUUUUAAUU